AUGCCUCCUCGCACUCAUGAUCCCUUCAACGAUGCACCACGGCGUCCCACAUCGCGCGCAACAAGCCACUUGCACGACACAUACAGCUCCGGCGGCCAUGCCUUGCGGGCUAACCCGGCCGCGCGCAGCCUCUUUGCCCCAGCAUUAUCAAGACGUCCUACCACGACCGGCACCUCCUCGACACAUCUUAAUGAAUUGGUUCUCGAGGACUCAGAUGAUGCGGGAGACAGGAUGAGUAGGCGUACUGCUGCUGCUGGAAGGGCAACCCGAACCAGACGAGCCAGAGCAGCUACUGAAACGACCAUCGAACCUGACGAAGAGAAUCAACCUGAACCUCUUCGAGAUAUGGUGGUGAGAGAUGAAAGGGGUAAUUAUUUGCACGAAGUUCCUGCUUUGGGAGAGAUUACGACUGGCGCUGAAGAUGAAGAUGUUGAAGAAGAACGACGUCUGACAGCUCUCGUGCAAGAGUACUGGGCAUCAGGAGCUGCCGCUGGUGGUGGCAGAAAUAGCAAGAGGUGGGAUGAGCAUGAACUUGAAAGACCCAAAGCAGAAGUCAUGGCUCGACUACGGGACUCUGUGGGCAAGGCACUCAUCAACGAGCAAUGGAGAUAUGAGCCAAGUGACUACAUGAAGGCGUUAUUGGUCGAAAACCAUGGACGCGUUUGA